AUGGCGUUGCGAUUUCGGCCCCCGAAGCAGACCCAAAAGGUCAUGCCGGUCAAGCCCACGAAGGGACAUUUCUUGUUCGCUCACCAGGAGUUCCAGCGCGUGCCCUGGUGGAAGAGGAAGAAUAUGCGUACCCUGUACAUCUACAUUGUCAUCCUCAUCAUGACCAACACAGCCAACGGUUUUGAUGGCUCCAUGAUGAACGGUCUCCAAACCCUUUCCUAUUGGCAGGAAUACUUCAAUCACCCUCACGGCUCGCUUCUCGGCCUCUUUAAUGCCUCCAUGAGUCUUGGCUCACUGCUCGGUCUGUUCGUCGUGCCUUACAUGAUCGAUGCCUGGGGCCGUAGGCUCGGGUGUUUCGUCGGAUGCCUCAUCAUGCUACUUGCAGUGGGUCUGCAGUCUGGUGCCACUGGCUUUGGCAUGUUCAUCAGUGCCCGUCUCCUUAUUGGAUUUGGUGACUGUCUCGUUCUCGGGAGCGCCCCGCUCUUGAUCGCAGAAAUCGCACAUCCACAAGACCGUGCCGUUCUUGUCACGCUUAGUGGUGCUUCCUAUCACUCUGGCGCCUUCAUUGCUAGCUGGGUGACAUUGGGCACUUUGAAGAUUCAGAGCGACUGGUCUUGGCGUCUCCCAAGCCUGCUACAGGCCAUUUGCACCGUUGUCAUUGUGUGUGGUAUCUGGCUGAUGCCGGAAAGCCCUCGUUGGCUAAUGAGCCAAGGGAGACACGAUGAAGCUAUGCGGAUUCUCAUCAAGUACCAUGGCGAGGGGGACCAGAAUGACGCAUUUGUGCACCUGGAGUAUGCGGAGAUCAAGGCUGCCAUUAACCUGGAUAAGGAGAUUGACCAAACUCGCUGGGUUGACUUCUUGAAAACCAAGGGCAACCGGAAGCGAAUCGGCCUGAUCACCGCUCUGGGCCUCUUCAGUCAAUGGAGUGGCAAUGGUCUGAUUUCGUACUAUCUCCACCAGGUCAUGGACAGUGUUGGUAUCACCAAGGCCUCCACGCAGCUUGGAAUCAAUGCGGGUAUCAAGACCGAAGCCUUGGUCACCAACUUCGUUCUAGCCUUCUUCAUCGAUAGGUUGGGAAGACGGCCAGUCUAUAUGGUCUCGACAGUUGGCACGUUCGUGGUCUUCAACGCAUGGACUAUCGUAUCGGCACGGUACGCAAUCGCGGCUAAUCAGGCGCUUGGAUACAUUUUCGUGGUCCUCACAGUUCUCUACGGAUUAUUCUACGAUAUCAAAUCUGGUCUGAUGGCAACCUACACCACUGAAAUUCUUCCCUACGGUCUUCGUGCCAAGGGCUUUACCUGGCUGAACUUUUGUGUCACCGCGGCACUCUUCUUCAACCAGUACAUUAAUGCAAUUGCCCUCGACGCAAUUGGCUGGAAGUAUUACAUCGUGUACUGCGUUUUCCUGGGAAUGGAGGUGUUCGUUAUCUACACCUUCUUGAUCGAAACCCGUUACACUCCCAUGGAGGAAAUCGCCAAGUACUUCGAUGGCGACGACGCGGUUGAUGUUGGUGAGAUCGCCGUCGCGGACAUAAAGGAGCAAGCCAGGCAUACAGAGGGCAAGGCAGCUACCGUCCAUGUUGAAGUGAAGGAGUAA